AUGUCCGGGCAGGGUGGUGAGGAGCACAGCGGAGGUAAAAUGGCACGUUCGCCAGCAGCGGGGGGUCCAGAGAGUACCAACGAGGCUGUGUUUGCUGUGGACUUUAACCUGAGUGACAGCAACAACAUCAUCACCUGCGGUAAAUCUCAUGUCUACUUCUGGACGCUCAGCGCGGGACAGUUCACCAAGAAGCAAGGCAUCUUUGGAAAAUACAAGAAGCCCAAGUUCGUCCAGUGCUUUGUGUUCAGCCUCACUGGAGAUGUUCUGACUGGGGACUCUGAGGGAAACAUCCUGACGUGGGGAAAGUCUGCCGCAGAUGUCAAAACACUGGGGAAAGGAGCCAAAGAGACCUACCAGAUCAUGCGACAGACCAGAGCACAUGAUGGCAGCGUGUUUACACUGUGCACCCUGCAGGGCGGCGCUCUGCUCAGUGGUGGGGGGAAGGACCGCAAGGUCAUUCGCUGGAGCGCUGACCUGGCUCCUGAGACGGAGUGUGAGAUCCCAGAGAAGUUUGGGGCCGUCCGCACCAUUGCAGUUGUGGAUGAGGACGAGAUGUUGGUUGGAACAACCCGAAAUGCUAUUCUGAGAGGGACGUUUUCAGAUGGGUUUGUUGCCAUAGUGCAGGGUCACGUCGACGAGAUGUGGGGUUUAGCCGCCCACCCCUCACAGAACAUUUUCCUGAGCUGUGGUCACGACCGGCAGGUGUGUUUGUGGAACGCCGAGGAACACAAGCUGGACUGGUGUAUCACGCUGGAGGAAUAUGGUCUGUGUGCUGAUUUCUGCCCCAAUGGCUCAGUCGUUUCAGUCGGGCUCAGCACAGGAAGGUGGGUGGUCCUAGACCUGCUGACCAGGAAGGUGGUCUCUGAAUCCAUUGAUGGGAACGAGCAGCUGUCCGUCAUGAGAUACUCUCCAGAUGGAAGCUUUUUGGCUGUUGGCUCUCACGACAACUUCAUCUACAUCUACAGCGUGACGGAGAGUGGUCGUCGCUACAGCCGAUUCGGAAGGUGUAAUGGCCACUCCAGCUUCAUAACUCAUCUAGACUGGUCCAAAAAUGGGAGGUACAUCAUGUCCAACUCAGGAGACUAUGAAAUCCUUUACUGGGAAAUUGGAGAUGGAUGUAAGCUGUUGAGGAACCGCUUUGAAAGCAGAGACAGAGAAUGGGCCUCCUACACGUGUGUGUUGGGUUUCCAUGUCAUGGGCGUGUGGUUGGAAGGCUCUGAUGGGACAGACAUCAACGCUCUGUGCCGCUCACAUAGUGAGAGGCUUGUAGCUGUGGCUGAUGACUUCUGUAAGGUCCAUCUCUUCCAGUACCCCUGUCCUAAACUUAAGGCACCAAACCACAAGUAUGAGGGUCAUGGCAGCCACGUCACCAACGUCCGCUUCACCCACAACGACUCCCAUCUUCUCUCCAUGGGGGGGAAGGACACCUGCAUCCUUCAGUGGAGAGUGACCGGUAGAGGGGUGGUGGACAGCAGGGAGCGAGUAGCCUCCAUGUCGUCCACUUCCACCAGCUCUCCAGAGCCUGCAGCCAGCUAGUGGGGCUGUGUUUGGUACCAUGAUGAGAGGGGGAGGCCUGCUCACUCCCAGCUGCUGAGGCAGAAGCUCGUUAUCGGCUUUAUUCGACCUCUGCUGUGCCGCUGCUGUCAGUUUCAUCUCUAACAU